AUGGAGAAUGCAAGAGACAGCCUUAUCGACCUUGAGAGGCACCGACGCCGCCUCGAAGAGAACAUCAACGAGCUGCAGAGGGUCCUCCAGCACUGGCGCACCUGGGAUGCCGAGUAUGAGGCCUUGAAGGAGGAGGUCGAGGCCGCCUCCGACUCGAGUCCGGCCGAGCUCAAGCGCAUCCAGGAUGAGUUUGAGGGCGAGCUGGUUAACAAGAAGGAGGUGGGCGAGAUUUUUGGAAAGGAAGGGAGGCGGCGAUCUAGAGAACAAAUCGUCAACGUCCUCGAUCGGCGCAUAGACUAUGUCUCCAAAAACAUCGGUACCUUGCAGAAGCAGUUGGAAACCGCGGAGAGCAAGCACGCGACCGCUUCUAUCGUCAGCCAGCCUGACAUCAUGGACGAUGAGGGACAACCCAUCACCGAGAUUGUCGAGCAUCUCGAUGAUGAUGACAACAUCGUCUCGUACAAGCUGAACAGACCUGGGGAGUCGAUGUCUCACAUCCGUGAGGCCCUGGAGAAGGCCGGUAUCAAGGACCUACCCCCGGUAGAUGGGGACUCCUCAAACCGACAGGUCGCCGAGGUGGCAUCGGAUGACGGUGGCGAAGGCCCGAAGGAAGUACCGACACCACUGCCUACCAAUGUCUCCCGUCCGCCAAUGGAUAGUACUGCGGGCAAGGCGCCGGAAAAGACCGUUCAGGCACCCAAGAAGAAGAAAGGCGUCUCGUUUACCAAUGACACAAAGCUCGCUCUAGAGGAGGAAAGGGAUGUGCAACCAGUCUCCCAAGCAGCAAGGCGUGUCGAGAACAUUAUGAAGUCGGCCGAGGGUCAGGGCGAUAUCAUGAAGCAGAAGCCAGUGAUUCCCGAGGAUGAGGACGAGGACGAUGCAGCCCUACGACAGGAGAUGCUCAAGUACAGCAUGGGCGACUUUGGCGCCGUGGUGGCAGAGCUAGAUAUCGAAGAGGGCACAUCCGAUAUGGAAGACGACUGGGACAGCGACGAAGGCUUUGGCGAGGGUGAGGAUGGCGACGAGGACGACGACGAAGAGGACAAAUACGGCCGAUCAACCCUGCGCGUAGUUACGGACAGUUACCGGCAACGCAUGCUGGAGCUGGAGCAGAGGCUUGGCGUCAAUUCGAACUCAGCUGCCAAGCAAAAGAUCAACGACGAAGCCAAUAUGAACUCGGACUCAGACGACGAACGCAUCGGCCGCAUCGUUGUCAAACCGGAAUCCUCAUUACCCUCUAAGCCAACAUCAUCGUCAUCCCAGAUCGCUCUUCCUGAAAGGCCCACGACAAAGCAGGCCUCCAAGAAGUCGGAGAAGAAGGGCGUGCGCUUCGCCCAAAACCUCGACAUUGCGCCCGAUACCCCUCCAUCGGCUGCUGCCAAGAUGGCCCAGGUGGAGGUGGCGCCCGCCAUCGAGCCACACGGCGAUGUCAUGGAGCGCUCAGUCUCCGAGAAGAAGUCAACGGUGAGGGGAACCAAGGCGGCGCCACCGAAAAGGGCUUCCCGUUUCAAAAAGGCCUUAGAGAAGUCCUCGGAUCCACCAAAGGGACCCAUGGAUAUCCCCGCGUCAUUUGUGGGAGAGAACCGGCCGGUCGCUCCCUCAGGACCUCCCUCAGCUACCAUAGCCGAUAAGCUUGUGGAGCGAGAUAUUGUCUCGCGUCCCAUCGACAGCAAUGAGUUCGACGAUUUCGGCGAUAUGGAUGCCAUCGCCCAUGAACACCAGCGGCUCCGCAAGAAGUUCAUCCAGCGCCAGGGCGGCUUCCUCAAGGAAGACGAGUCCCCCAUCCAGCCGUUGGAUGAGACGGAGGGGGGACCGGUACGACCCAGCCGCUUCAAGGCAGCAAGACUAUCAAGAUAUUGA